AUGUUCCGCCUGGAGCGACUGGGCACCUCCGAUGACUACAGGGACCAGCCUGGUCUUCCAGGGCCCAGGUCCCAGGCCCGAUUUUCUCUGGGCAGUGCAUCAGCCACGGUGUCGGGAAAGUACCGAUGCUCCUACAGAAAUGGGAGCUACUGGUCAAAGCCCAGCAACCAGCUGGAGCUCGUGGUGACAGGCUUGUAUGACAAACCCUCCUUCUCUGUCCAGCCGGGCCCUGCUGUGCUUUUCGGGAAGAGCGCCACCUUCUCCUGUGAGUCCCAGUUCGGCUUUAAUAUGUUCGCCAUAGCGAAGGAGGGGAGAGCUGGCAUCUGGAAAACCCAGGAAGGGAAGUCUCCCGUCCGCUUCCCCAUCCUCUCGGCGACGGCAGACCACGCGGGCACCUACAGAUGCUACGCCUUCGACAGUCACUUUCCCUACCUGUGGACAGCUCCCAGCGAGCCCCUGGAGCUCACCGUGACAGUUCAAAUCCGGUCUGAGUCACGUUCACCGCUUUCACACCUUCCUUUCCUUUCCGGGAAACUUCAUUUCCUCAUUCAUAAACAUGAGGGCGCUGGACCCAGAAACCUAUCCGAAUCCUUCCCGACUGCUCUUGGGGAAGAGCCCAGGCUCGGAACGCUGCCCCUGAGCCUUCCCUUUCUCUCUUCUCCAUUUCCAGGAGCUCCUUCAUCCCCCCAUAUCUCCCCAGAGAAGGUGGACAUCUCAAUGGGUCUCACCUCCCAGGAUUACACUGUACCCAAUCUGGUUCGACUGGUCCUGGCUGGCUUGGUGGUGGCUGCCCUGGGGGGACUCUUGGCCGAAGCGUGGCAAGCCUGGAGGGAGGAAUUCCAGCCACUUUCAGGGGCUCUCAUCCAGGGGGGGUCCCCAGUGAGCCCACAGACAGCCAAGGGAUCACCUCCCUAAUGACCCUGGGCUAACAACAUACAGAGACAGUCUUGGGGGUGGGAGGUGAGUGCAAGAUUCCUCAAGGAGUCUUGAGGGGCUGCCUGAAGGCAUGGGAACAGUUAUUGGGCCCUUCUGUCCGAGGACCUGGCCAAGGUCUCAGCUUCAUAAAGUACUGAGAAAUGUCCCAAGCUCCUUCGUCCAUCCGUCCCUCCAGCCAUGCUCAUCUGGGUCUGAGGCCCCCU